GGGACCUUUGGUCCAAGAUGUGGGUUCAGCUGUCAAUGCAAGAAUGGAGCUGUUUGUGACCCUGUGAGCGGAGCCUGUACCUGCCCAGCUGAGUGGACAGGAACAUUCUGCGAAGAAGGACUCCAAGAAAAGCCCAAGAGUGAAGGUUGCAGUCAAGUUUGUAACUGUCACAAUGGAGCCAGCUGUGAUCCUCAAACCGGGCAAUGUCUCUGCACAUCUGGAUGGACAGGACCUACUUGCCAGGAAGGGUGCCCAGGCAGUACUUAUGGUCCUUUCUGCCAAAAGAUGUGUAAAUGCAUGAAUGGAGGCCAUUGUGACCCCCUGCUUGGCACCUGCAACUGCUCCCCUGGCUUCAUUGGCAAAGACUGUGGUCAGGUUUGUCCCCAGGCAAAAUAUGGCCAUAAAUGUCAGCUAACCUGUGCCUGCAAAAAUGGUGGGAUUUGUAAUCCUAUCGAUGGAAAUUGUACCUGUGGACUUGGCUGGACAGGCAAUUACUGUGAAGAGGCAUGCCUUCCUGGUACAUAUGGUCCAAACUGCCAUUUGAACUGUUCUUGUCAGAACAAUGGGACUUGCAAUAGAUUUACCGGCUUCUGUCAAUGUCCAAAGGGUUACUAUGGGAAUAGCUGUGAUCAUCAAUGCCCUCCUGGAUUUUAUGGCUUGGACUGUGCUCAUCCUUGUGAUUGCAGAAAUGGAGCCAGGUGUGAUGCUGAGAAUGGCAAGUGCAUCUGUCCCGUAGGUUACAAUGGCAGCCGCUGUGAAAAAGAGUGCCCAUUUGGAACCUUUGGAGAUAGGUGCCAACAAUUUUGUGACUGUGAAGGAUCAGGACCCUGCCAUCCUGUUACUGGGAAAUGCUUUUGUCCCCCUGGAAGAACUGGAGACAGAUGUGAUCUUGAAUGCAGAUCAGAUCGGUAUGGGCCCAAUUGCUCUCUGCAGUGCCAGUGUUCCCCAGGAUCCCAAUGCAACCCUCAGAAUGGGAACUGUGUAAGCCCCUUGAAAAGGAUGGAGCCAACCUCUGAAGAAAACGACCUAGAGAAGAAAUAGCCCAGAAUGAAGGUUCUUUAAUGCAUUCAAAACCAAAAAAAAAAAAAAGUAUUCUAUGUUACGCUCAAUGUAGUCAACCAGUCUUUCUCAAUGGAUGAGGAAGAAUGGAAUCCACACUAUGGAAAUCUGGCCCUUGCUUGACUUUCUGCUUCUAUACUUAUAAACACACACACACACACACACACACACACAC